AUGGGGAGAGAAGUGGUGGCGGAGCUGGAGGGGACACUUCUCAGAAGCCCCGAUGUUUUCCCGUACUUCAUGCUGGUGGCCUUUGAGGCUUCUGGGCUGAUCAGAUUCGCGCUCCUGCUGCUUCUGUGGCCAGUGGUCCGUCUGCUCGGCGCCGCCGGCCGUGGGGACCUCGCGCUGCGCGUCAUGGUCUUCGUCGCCGUGGCCGGCGUUCGGGAGGCGGAGAUAGAGGCGGUGGCGAGGGCCGUCCUGCCCAAGUUCUUCCUGGACGACGUGGACAUGACGGCGUGGGGAGUUUUCAGCACCUCCUCGGAGGAGAGACGGGUGGUCGUGACGGCGCUGCCGCGGGUGAUGGUGGAGAUGUUCGCCAAGGAUCACCUCCGCGCCGACGAGGUGGUUGGGGCCGAGUUGCAUGUCCACCGCGUGGGGAUCGCCACCGGGUUCCUCAAGAACGGAACCGACUCUCUCUCCCCUUCUCUCUCUAAGAAAGGCGAGAGACCCAGACUAGGGAUUGGCCGACCGUCCUCGUCUUCCUCCUUCCUGUCGCUCUGCGAGGAGCAGCUUCAUCCUCCGUUUCUCGCGCAGGAGAAGACCCUGCCGGAGCCCCGUCCGCUGCCGGUCAUCUUCCACGACGGGCGCCUAGUGCCUCGCCCCACGCCGGCCAUGGCUCUGCUCAUCAUCCUGUGGAUACCCAUCGGCGUCCUCGUGGCCUUCGUGCGCAUCCUGGUCGGCAUCGUCGUGCCGCUCAGGCUCACCCCGUAUCUGGUCCGCCCCUUCGGUGGCGAGCUCAUCGUGCGGGGCCGCCCGCCGCAGCCCCCGACCAGCGGCACCGGCGGCGUGCUCUUCGUCUGCACCCACCGCACCCUCAUGGACCCCGUCGUCCUCUCCAUGGUCCUCGGCCGCAACGUCCCCGCCGUCACCUACUCCAUCUCCAGGCUCUCGGAGAUCCUCUCCCCGAUAAGAACAGUGCGUCUGUCGAGGGACCGGCAGGUGGACGGUGACCGUAUAAAGGCGGAGCUCGCCAUGGGAGAUCUUGUGGUCUGCCCGGAGGGCACCACGUGCCGCGAGCCUUUCUUGCUGCGAUUCUCCGGGCUGUUCGCGGAACUGACGGACAGGAUAGUGCCGGUGGCCAUGAACUACCGAGUAGGGUUCUUCCAUGCGACGACGGCGAGGGGGUGGAAGGCGAUGGACCCCAUCUUCUUCUUCAUGAACCCUCGUCCUGCUUACGAGGUCACCUUCCUGAACCAGCUGCCCGCGGAGGCCACCUGCUCCGCCGGGAAGAACCCCCACGACGUCGCCAACUACGUGCAGAGGAUCCUCGCCUCCACGCUCGGCUUCGAGUGCACCAAUUUCACCAGAAAGGACAAGUACAGGGUGCUCGCCGGCAACGACGGCAUGGUCUCCUCCCUGGUCGCCUCCGCAACGAUCGAGGACCGCUUCAGGAGGCUCCUCGGCUUCUUCUUCCUUCAUUGA